CUCCUUCGUAUCGGCAAUGCCACAGCCGGCGGCUUUACCGAUCGCUUCUGAAAUACUCCAUUCGGAGCAGUAAUCUAUGGACGGAGGGUACAUAAAUACGUAUUUGCUCAAUUUUCUUUCUUAGCCAACAACUCCUGCUGUGGUAGACAUAACGGGCAAGCGAGAUAUAUUGAGCCAUCCGAGAAAGGUCGGAUCAUUCAACGCCAUUUACGUCUCGUCGGUUAGGAAUCAUGGUCAAACGAAUUGUCCAGCAUCCUGUGAGCAUCUGUCGACCUGUCGUUCAACAGCCAAUUGACCAUGGCGAAAGCAUCCAACAUCGCAUUGUAAGGGUGACCGAAGAUAUCGAGUGCUUGAAAAGGUUCUACUCAAUCGACAUUUCACCGACCACGGUGGCCAAAUUGAAAAAAUACUAUCAUGAAGAGUUGGGAGAACUGGAGGCUUUGCCAUUUCAAUCCUACAACCAGGAGGAUAAGAUAGAUUUCCUACUUCUGAGGAACUUUCUGAGACGGAGCCUCCGACGACUUGAAUUGGAUGAAACUCGGACUAAAAAGAUGGACCCCCUACUACGGCCAUUUGCUCCGUCCAUUAUUCAAUUAUGCGAGGACAGGCAAAAGGUGGCCCCGGUGGAUGGCCAGGUCGCAGCGCAGCGACUCGAGGACAUCUCUAAAGCGAUAACAUCUCUCAUGACAAGGCUCGAGAAAGGUGACAUUGAAAUAGACAAAUUUAGCGCCUUCCGUGCCGCCAGUGCCGUGGAGCAACUUCAUCAUUCUCUCGCAGAAUGGUUCAGCUUUUACGAAGGAUACGAGCCUCUACUGACUUGGUGGACAUCACAGCCGCAUUCUCAAGUGAUUGUGAAAUUGGAAGACCUUGCAGCAGCCAUUCGACGAAACAUUGUUGGCUUGGAUCCGGAUGAAGAAGACCCCAUCGUCGGCCAACCAAUCGGCUAUGAAGGUUUGCUUGCUGACCUAGAAGCCGAAGUGAUACCCUAUACUCCAGAGGAGCUGAUCACAAUCGGCGAGAAAGAAUAUAUAUGGUGUGAACGAGAGAUGAAAAAUGCUUCACGGGAAUUGGGCUUUGGAGAAGAUUGGCGUAGGGCAUUAGAAUACGUCAAGAAUCUUUACGUUUCUCCUGGGCAGCAACCGCAACUCGUUCGCGAACUUGCGGAUGAAGCUAUUGAAUAUGUAACCAAGAAUGAUCUGGUGACCGUUCCUCCUCUGGCUGCUGAGACGUGGAGGACGUUCAUGAUGUCUCCCUCCGCACAGAAAGUAGCCCCUUUUUUCCUGGGCGGCGAAUCUAUUCGGGUCUCCUUCCCUACCUCCUCAAUGGACCACAGCGACAAGCUCAUGAGCCUCCGCUCAAACAACGUCCACUUCUCCCGUGCCACUGUCUUCCACGAGCUCAUUCCUGGACACCACUUACAACUCUACAUGGCCUCUCGUUACCGUCCCUAUCGCCAGCUCUUCACCACCCCAUUCUGGAUCGAGGGUGGUGCUUUGUACUGGGAAAUGACUUUUUGGGAUAGAGGAUUUCCACAAAGCCCAGAGAACCGCAUCGGAAUGCUCUUCUGGCGCAUGCAUCGCUGCGCCCGCAUCAUCUUCUCACUCAAGUUUCAUAUGGGCCAGAUGACACCGCAGGAGUGCAUCGACUUUCUCGUCUCGCGGGUCGGACACGAACGCGCCACAGCGGAGGGCGAGGUCCGUCGGUCAUUCAAUGGUGAUUAUUCCCCGUUAUAUCAGGCCGGGUAUAUGCUUGGUGCCCUACAGCUUCGGUCACUGAGACGUGAGAUUGUGGAUUCUGGAAUUAUUGGAGAAAAGGAGUUCCAUGAUUGGAUUCUGAGGGAAAACCAGAUGCCGAUUGAACUUCUCAGGGCUAUAAUGCAGGAUUUACCCUUAACACCGGAGUAUAAGCCGUCGUGGAAAUUUUAUGGGUAGUGCAAGCAAUAAUCUAGUUUAAGGGGUUUCAUGGUUCUCUCUCGUCAAUAUUCUCUUUUGCGCUUACUCGAAGGACUGGUUAGCAUUGCGAAGGGAUCGAACUCCUGAUCGUGUGGAUAGCCAUCGAGAUGGCAAUGUGAUUUAAUA